AUGUUAAUACUAGUACUUUUGUCCAUAUCAUCCGUUGAAGGUCAAGGAGGAGGUGGUGGUGCUCUGUUGCGAACUACCUUAGAUGGUCCUUGCAAGGCUCCUAUUGAGCUUCAAGUUGAAGGCACUGUGAAGGCUCCGGCAGACCCUGGUGCUUCCAAUGAGCCUAAAUGGAUUGCCUUCAAUAGAAUUGAAAUUCUCAAAUUGUCUAGUGGAGGACUUUUCGACGGCCAGAGAACCAUUGCUUAUAAAAAGGAAGGUUGCAAAGGAUGCAAAAACAUUACUUUCGAACAUUUCACCAUAUCUGCACGUGACGAAAGCCCAAACCCAGAUGGGAUUCACUUUGGGAGAUCAAAUGGGGUCAAUGUUCUUAACUCGGAGAUAAAAACUAGUGAUGACUGUGUUUCAAUUGGGGAUGGUUCCAAAAAUUUGGUUAUCAAUGGAGUAACUUGUGGACCAGGACAUGGUAUCAGUAUUGCCAGUCUCGGAUUGUUUGAAAAUGAAAAACUCGUUGAUGGAUUUAUAGUAAAAACUGCACCAUGA